AUGUCUGGAACUCUGGUAGAGAAUAACUUAUCGUUCUCAAAAGUGCCGAGAAUUGGGCUACAUGUACGAGAUUUAUCGAUUAUAGCGUCAAAGACGAACACAAAGUUAGUAGACUCGUUCUCUAUGGACCUGGAGAGUGGAUCAAUUAUGGCCGUAAUGGGAGGUUCUGGUUCUGGUAAGACUACUUUAUUAAAUGUGCUAGCAUCCAAGAUAAGUGGUGGUCUUACUACUGAAGGUACAAUUAAAUAUGUUUUAGAACAACAACCACUUGAGACAUUAUCUUCUCCAUCUGAAUCUUUACGUCAUACAGAACUCAAUAGUAAAAAAGAAGUUAUUAUCACUGGAAUUGAAAACGAAUCUGAAGCAGAAACUGACUUUGAGGAGAGACAUGUGAAGAUGUCAUAUGUUCCACAACAGGAUGUAUUAUCUGCAAGAUUAACUUGUAGAGAGACUAUGAUGUUUGCAGCUGAUUUGAAAUUAGAUAAACCAAAGGAAGAGAAAAUACGAAUUGUGGAGCAAUUAAUUAAUGAGCUGGGUCUUAAAGAUUGUGCAGAUACAAUGGUUGGAGAUAGUACACAUAGAGGUUUAUCUGGUGGUGAAAAGAGAAGAUUAAGUGUAGGGACACAAAUGGUUGCUAAUCCAUCAAUUAUGUUUUUAGAUGAACCAACUACAGGGUUAGAUGCAUAUUCUGCUUAUUUAGUAGUUAAAACUAUUAAAAAAAUGGCUAAAGAGGAUGGUAGAAUAUUCAUUAUGUCUAUUCACCAACCUAGAUCUGAUAUCUUGUUUCUUUUUGAUCAAAUUUGCAUCUUAUCUAAAGGGAAUGUUGUAUAUUGUGAUACAAUGACUACUACUAUACCAUAUUUUGAAAAAAUUGGUUUUAAAGUACCUCAUAUGGUAAAUCCAGCAGAUUAUUUUGUUGAUUUAUCAAGUGUAGAUGGUAGAUCUGACGAUGCACAAAAAUUAACCGAGGAAAGAUUAGAGAAAUUAGUGGAAAAUUGGCAUAAUUUCGAAAGAGAUUCCGUUAAAUUUGAUAAUAUUGAUCAUAUGGAACCAUUGCAUGUGCAAAAUAUGACAACAAGUUUACCUUUUAUGAAACAAGUAGCUGUAUUAACAAGAAGAAAUAUAAGAUUGAAUGUAACAGAUUAUGUGACUUUAGGGGCAACUUUCUUAGAGCCGAUUAUUAUCAGUACAGUCUCAGGUUGGAUUUAUUAUAAGCCAGAUAAGACGACUUUAAGUGGAUUGAGAACAACCUCUGCAUGUUUAUAUUCUUCAGUAAUUUUACAAUGUUAUCUUUAUUUGCUGUUUGACACUUAUAGACUUUGCGAACAGGAUAUUGCAUUAUUUGAUAGAGAACGUGCUGAGGGAUCCGUUUCACCUGCUGCAUUCAUUGCAGCAAGAAAACUUUCAUUGUUUUUAUCAGAUGAUAUAUUGAUGACUUUAACCUAUACGACGAUUAGUUAUUUCAUGUUUGGCCUCGAGGCAGAUGCUACAAAAUUUUUCAUUCAAUUUUCUGUUAAUUUCUUAGCACAAAUGUGUUGCUCUGCUUUAGCAAUGCUAUCUGUUGCAGUCUCGAGAGAUUAUUCUAAAGCCUCUUUAGUUGGUAAUUUAUCAUUUACUGUGUUAUCUAUGGGUUGUGGAUUUUUCGUAAAUGCUAAAGUCAUGCCUGUAUAUGUUCGUUGGACAAAAUAUAUUGCAUUUACUUGGUAUGGCUAUGGUGCAUUGUUAUCCAAUACAUUCACAGAUAAAUAUUGUACAGAUGACACCCUAGAAUCAUGUAUGGGCAAUCAAAUUAUUGAAAGUUUUGGAUUCUGGCGUAAUUGGAGAACAGUCCCUAUAAUUAUCUUAUUCUGUUGGGUAAUAGGUUUUACAGUUGUUGGUGUUGUGAUAAUGUAUUUACAUAAAGUUGAUAUAACAUUGCAAAAUGAGGUAAAAUCUAAAAAAAAGAAGAAGUCAAGUAGCGAUGGUAAGGAAGAUGAGACUAAGAAUAAAUCGAACCCAUUUUUAUCAAUAUUUGAUUCAAAGAGUCAAGAGAAAGAUGUGGAAGCCACUACUAGUCGUCAUGAACAUGAAAUCGCAGUAACAUUGAAAGAUAUUAACUUGAAGGUUAACUUUACAAGAUUGAAUCGUGAUAAAUGGUCUUCAGGGUUUAUUGAGAAAGAAGAAAAACAAAUCUUAAAGUCUGUUAAUGCCAAUUUCAAACCGGGGAUGGUUAACGCAAUUAUGGGUCCAUCGGGAUCAGGUAAAUCUACACUACUUAACCUAAUGUCAGCAAGAGUUCAUUCCAAUUUGGUUACAAAAUUUACUAAAAAAGGUUCUAUUUUAUUUAAUAACGUUGAGGUUUCUGAGGAUAUGUUCAAAAAUAUAUGUUCUUAUGUAUCACAGGAUGAUGAUCAUUUAUUGGCUAAAUUGACAGUUAAGGAAACUUUCAAGUUUGCCGCAGCAUUAAGAUUACAUCAUUUAACUCCCGAGCAACGUGAAGCUAAAAGCGAUGAAUUGAUACGUGCUCUUGGUAUAAAACAUUGUGAAAAUACUAUUAUUGGGAACGAAUUUGUCAAAGGUAUUAGUGGUGGUGAGAAAAGAAGGGUCACUAUGGGUAUUCAAUUAUUAAAUGAUCCACCUAUUUUACUAUUAGAUGAACCUACAUCCGGUCUUGACAGUUUCACUUCAUCAACCAUAUUAGAAAUUUUACAAGGAUUGGCGGAUAACUAUGGUAAAACAAUUAUUUUGACAAUUCAUCAACCUAGAUCUGAAUUGUUUGACAAAUUUGGAAAUAUUCUUUUACUUGCCAAAUCUGGGAGAACUGCAUUUAACGGUACUCCGAAGGAAAUGAUCGAAUAUUUCUCUGAUUUGGGUUACCAAUGUCCUGAAUUAACCAACGUUGCUGACUAUUUCUUAGAUUUAAUCUCAAUAAAUACGCAAAAUGAUCAAAAUGAAAAGAUCUCCAGAGAAAGAGUAGAAUCAUUAUUAACAAAUUGGGAUACAAAGAGUGAUAGCAUAUCUAAACAAGAUAUGAAUGAGACAACUAUCAUGACAAAAGAAUUAUUUCAUACAACAUACGGAGAUUGUAUCAGAAGACCAUGUAAUUCGGUCCUAGCUUACUUCGUCAAUGUCAAAAGACAAUUAACCACCACUUUGAGAGAUUUCGAUUCCCUGAUGGCUCGAAUUGCUCAAGUUCCUGGUCUUGGUGCUAUCUUUGCAUUAUAUUUCGCACCUUUGAAAGAAAAUUAUGUUGGUGUAACAAACAGAUUGGGUCUUGCCCAAGAAUCUACUUCAUUAUAUUUUGUUGGCAUGCUAGCAAAUUUAGCAUGUUACCCACAAGAGAGAGACUAUUUUUAUAAAGAAUUCGAGGAUAACGUAUAUGGAAUUGGUCCAUUCUUCCUUUCAUAUAUGACUUUAGAAUUACCGCUAUCAGCAUUUGCAUCUAUUAUAUAUGCUAUAUUCACAGUUCUAGCUUGUGGGCUACCAAGAACAGCUGGUAACUUUUUUGCAACAGUAUAUUGUUCAUUUUUGGUGACCAGUUGUGGUGAAGCUCUCGGAAUCAUGACAAACACAUUUUUUGAGAGACCAGGGUUUGUUGUGAAUUGUAUAUCAGUACUUCUAUCUAUUGGUACUCAAAUGUCUGGUCUGAUGUCGUUGAAUAUGUCAAGGGUGUUGAAAGGUUUCAACUAUCUGAACCCUGUUGGCUACACCUCAAUGAUUAUCAUUAAUAUGGCAUUUCCAGACGAUCUAAAACUUACAUGUAAGGAUGGUGGUCAAUUAGAGGAUGGUUCAUGUGAAUUUAGCACAGGUAAGGAUGUCAUAGAUUCCUAUAAUUUAAGAACUAAUGUUUCAGAAUAUUUGGGUAUUGCUAUCUGUGUUGCGGCAAUUUACCGUCUCUUAGCAUACUUCGCGCUUAAGGCUAAACUUGAAUGGUUCAGUAAAUAA